UACCACACAAAUAAACAUCACAACUGAAACAAUAAACCACACCAAAAACAAUAAUGAAAAUCCUCUCACUUUCACUUCUCUUGCUCUUGGCCGCUACGGUCUCCCAAGCUCGCCCUUCGCUACCUGUGCCUAAGCUCAUUGAACUCCUCACAUCAAUCAACGUCAUUGAAAACGAAGCCGAACUCUUAGAGAAACAACAACUCGCCAUCAACUACCACAACUGCAGAAGCUGGCACCUUGGUGUUGAGACCUCUAACAUCAUAAACUUCCAAACAGUGCCCGCAAAUUGCAAAGACUAUGUUGAAGACUACCUCACUUCCCCACAGUACCGUGCUGACUCCAAAACGGUGUGCAAAGAAGCUUAUUUCUACGCCAAAGGACUUGCUUUGAAGAACGACACCAUCAAUGUUUGGAUCUUUGACCUAGACGAGACCCUCCUCUCCAAUGUUCCCUUUUACGCUCAAUAUGGAUACGGGACAGAGAAGAUAGACCCGAAUGCGUUCAAUAAGUGGUUAGAGGCCGGAGAAUCUCCCGUGCUCCCAGAGACUUUGCAUCUUUACAAAAACAUCCAAGAACUCGGGAUUGAGCCUGUCUUACUCACUGAGCGUUACCAAGAGUUGGAGGAAGUCACUCUAAAGAAUCUCGAAGCUGCUGGCUUCACCUAUUGGAGACAAAUCUUAUUCAAGCCAACGGGUUCGAACACGAAAAUAUCAAACUUCAAGUCAAAGGAGAGGAAGAAGUUGGUGAGGAGUGGCCACACUAUCAUUGGGAAUAUUGGAGACCAAUGGGCUGAUUUGGCUAAAGACAGCCCUGGGAGAAGGACUUUCAAGCUCCCUAAUCCACUCUACUACAAGAACUGAUUAAGCAUCUUUCUUCAUGUAUUUGUUGUUCCCAUGCAUCCACCUCAUAUGAGUCCCAUAUAUCCUAUCGCAACUAAAUAAAUAAUAAUAAUGGAGUUUGUUUUCAUUUC